AUGUCGCGCUCCCGUGUACCGCCGAUUCUUCGCCCGCGCCUUACGCCCAAAUACAUCGCGUCCUCUGUGGUUGCUAUUUACGUCCUCUAUUGUUGGCUGUGGGGAAUGCCUCUUCUGUCUUCGAACCUCCCUGCUUAUACGGGGCCCCAUUCUGUGGGUACGAUCGAUAUCGAGAGUCCUUGUGAUGGCCGUAAAACGAGCGACGUCAAGUUCAAGUCGAACGGGCAACCUGCAUUCCUGCUGGAAACAGUCCUUUUCUCUGUAUACUACCCCUCCAUCAAGGGAGCAAAGUCGGACAAGCCAAAACAUCUCUGGGUGCCGAAGCCGCUCUCGAUAACAGCAGAGGGCUACGCAAAGUUCGCCCACAUCAGCAACUUCCUUACCAACAGCAUUUUCACUGUCGCUCUCUGGGGUCUGGCUGGCAGCAUCACAAUCCCGGCGAACGUUGAUGUACCUCUGCGAGAGAUUGCACCCAGUUUCGAGUUCACAGAGCAUGGAGCGGGCAAGCCGGAAGUGGGCAACGAUGGGUUCCCGGUAAUUGUCUUCUCCCACGGUAUGGCGAGCUCCCGUACAGACUACACGCAUUUCUGUGGUGAACUCGCGAGCCGAGGAUACAUCGUUGCUGCUAUCGAGCAUAGAGAUGGAAGCGGACCUGGAAGCAUGGUUAUGGACAUCGACGGAUCCGAGAGAGCAGUCUACCACUUCGGCCUCGGCGAUUUGGACGUCGACGAUAGUUUCGACACGCCCGAGCUGAAACAAGCACAACUGGACUUCCGCCAAGCAGAGAUUGAAGAGACUGUGCGUGUCUUGAAAGCCAUCAAUGACGGCAGCGGCACCGCCAUCUACGAGAUGAACCCUCGCAAAGAGGGCGAGCAUCUAGCCAGUUGGGAGGGCAAACUCGACAUGACCAACGUCACCAUGUCCGGUCACAGCUACGGCGCCACUGGCGCUCUUCAGGCAUUGAAGGGCGCGCCUUGCCCCGAACGCCCCUUCCAUGGAGGACUGAUUCUUGAUCCUGGAAAGUCGAGUGGCCCUCUCAACCACGACGUCGACGUACCUGUCCUCGUCAUCCACUCAAAUUCCUGGUCAAAGAAGCACUCCGUCUUCUUUGGUCGCCCUCACUUCGACGUUGUCAAAGACCUUGUCGUGGAUGUCAACAACCGCGGCAAGGCAGCUUGGUUCAUGACUUCUCUCGGCACGUCCCAUCCUUCCGUCACCGACGCUCCUCUUAUCGAGCCAAUGCUUCUGAGCUGGACGACUGGCUCGACGAUCGAUGUCUACGAUGGCGUGGACGUGUACGUCAAUGUCACUGAGGAAUUCAUGAUCUUCCAGAAGGCGCACAGGAGGACGGGUUUGCUGGCUCUGGAUGUCACGCAUCCCGAUUAUGACAGCUCUACUAAUGGCACACAAGAGAUGCCGCAGGCAUACCAACGAUACUGGCAGAUCCAUGUCGCACCUGAGUCGACAUAAUUACCAUCUACUUAUGAUACAUAUAGCCAUU